GCCGCUGGAGGCAAAAAAACCUUGUUGCUCGGCCCCAACUGCCCCGGUCUGAUCACCCCCGAAGAAAUCAAGAUCGGCAUCAUGCCCGGCCACAUCCACCGCAAGGGCCGCAUCGGCGUGGUCUCGCGCUCGGGUACGCUGACCUAUGAGGCCGUGGCCCAACUGACCGAAAUCGGCCUGGGCCAGUCCAGUGCCGUGGGCAUCGGUGGUGACCCGAUCAACGGCCUCAAGCACAUCGACGUGAUGCGCGCUUUCAACGACGAUCCAGAUACCGACGCCGUGAUCAUGAUUGGUGAGAUCGGUGGUCCCGACGAAGCCGAAGCGGCGAUGUGGUGCAAAGCCAACAUGAAGAAGCCCAUCGUUGGCUUCAUCGCGGGCGUUACCGCCCCCGCAGGCAAACGCAUGGGACACGCGGGGGCUUUGAUCUCCGGCGGCGCCGAUACCGCCGACGCCAAACUCGCCAUCAUGGAAGAAUGUGGCUUUAAAGUCACACGCAACCCGUCUGAAAUGGCCAAGCUGCUCAAGGCCAUGUUGUAA